GCGCUCGGUAGGCGGUGAGUGGAGAGUUUGACAGCGGCGGACAAACAAGGACGCGUGGAAGGAGACACACGGGUUUCCGCUGUUCCUCCGCACGGAGCUUUUCCUCCAGCCUGACGAGAACUCAGUAUGGACGCGGCACAACUUCAGGCUGAUGUGUGAGCUGGCCUCAGACCCAGUCCACCAUCGAUAUGGUAGACAUGGAGAGCCCCUACAGUCCUCCGUCUCCUUUAGGGGACUCUGUGUUGAACAGCCCGCUUUACAGGGACUUAGUGGGUGCGGGAGACCUGCAAGACAUCUCAGAGUCCAUGAAUGAAGAAGCACUCAGCAACAUCGAUGUGUCCGAGUACCACUCCUCUGGCCUGUGCUCCAGCUCCGAGAGCUCCACGGUGCCAGAUGCCUUGACCCCAGCCUCGAGUCCAUCUUCUGGAGUGUGUGGGGCUGUAUCGGGACAGGAGGAGUUCACCUCCUCUUCUCUAAACCUGGAGUGUCGCGUAUGUGCUGAUCGAGCCUCAGGAUAUCACUACGGUGUCCACGCCUGUGAGGGCUGCAAAGGCUUUUUUAGGCGCACAAUCCGUCUCAAGCUAGAAUAUGACAAAUGUGAACGCCACUGCAAAAUCCAAAAAAAGAACCGGAACAAGUGCCAAUACUGCCGCUUUCAAAAGUGCCUAGCUGUGGGCAUGUCCCACAACGCCAUUCGCUUUGGCCGGAUGCCCCAGUCCGAGAAGCUAAAGCUAAAGGCAGAGAUACUAACUGGGGAGAGGGAGGUGGAGAAUCCUCAGUUAGCUGACCAGAAAACCUUGGCCAAACAAAUCUACGAGGCUUAUCUGAAGAACUUCAGCAUGAACAAAGCUAAAGCACGGACCAUCCUGACAGGCAAAACAAACAGACCACCCUUCGUAAUCCAUGACAUGGAGACUCUGCAUCUAGCGGAGCAGACUCUGGUGGCAAAGAUGGUCAGCACUGCAGGUGGACUACUUGAAAAGGAUGCAGAAGUAAGGAUCUUCCACUGCUGCCAGUGCACGUCGGUGGAGACAGUCACGGAGCUCACUGAGUUUGCCAAGUCUGUUCCAGGCUUCUGCAACCUCGACCUGAAUGACCAGGUAACACUGUUGAAGUAUGGCGUGUAUGAGGCACUCUUUGCCAUGCUGGCCUCUUGCAUGAACAAGGAUGGCUUGCUGGUUGCCUAUGGCAGUGGCUUCAUCACAAGAGAGUUCCUUAAAAGCUUGCGACGACCCAUCAGUGACAUGAUGGAGCCUAAGUUUCAGUUCGCAAUGAAGUUUAAUGCACUUGGACUGGAUGACAGUGAUCUAGCCCUGUUUGUGGCAGCCAUCAUCUGCUGUGGAGAUCGUCCAGGACUGCUGAACGUUCCAUACAUUGAGCGGAUGCAGGAGAGCAUCGUCCAUGUGCUGCAGCUCCACCUACACAAUAACCAUCCAGACAAUUUGUUCCUUUUCCCUAAACUGCUGCAAAAACUAGCUGACCUGCGUCAGUUAGUGACAGAGCAUGCACAAUUAGUGCAGGAAAUCAAGAAAAUGGAGGACACAUCAUUGCAUCCUCUGCUCCAGGAAAUCUACAGGGACAUGUACUAAAUAUUAUGGGGCUCAGAAAAGCUGCAAAGGAAGAAGGGAGUGGGUUUAUCCUUUCCUAAUAACUGAGGGCUUGUCUGACAACUUGUUUAUUCAUUUGUUCCUAAAGAAAACGAGGAAAUGCUCUCAGGGGCCUCUGGAAUCUGUCCAUGCUUAAGACACAGUGUAACCCUAUUUGAGGGGCUGCCAAUAAACCACUAUGCACAGGAGACAGUGGUGUCCAGAAUGUAAAUGCCAGCCAGCUGUACAGAAGAGAUGGAAAUCAGGUAGAGUGGUUGUUUUAGAAAGGACCAGUGUCAGGAUUGUCCUCAUUUAUACUGCACUAAAGUUACAUUGUACUUUUCUGACUUGCGGUUUAUAAUAUUUUCUAAAAAUGUACAAAAAUCUUCAUGAACUCCUUCACUGGCUAGAGACUGUGAAAACAAGCCUCGAGAUUAGACUUGUUGAUACAGCAAUAUGUCCUUUUAACAGAAAUAAGGGUUAUUUUGCAUAACAGACUUGACGAAGCUUUUGUACACCCAAAACAUGCAGAUGGUGCGAUGUAGUAAUGGUGAGUUGUUCAACAAGAACAGGAAGAUCUGCAUGAAAUCUGUAUCACAUUAAUGUGCACAGGAUUUAGAAUUGCACCAAUAGCACCUGAACAAUUAGGAUCCGGUUAAGAAAAAAAAAAAAAAAACACACACACAACAGGGUUUUUAAAUGUAUUUUCAGUGCAACAAGUGCACCAACUAAUGAUUAUUAGAUAAACAACAGUCAAAUGACCCUUUGUGCCAUGAAUGUAAGCAUUUGUUCCAGCAGUUAUAUGAAUCCUGUUGCUCAGUAAUGUAAGGGUAAUAAGUUAGGGUCAGUUUGUACCUCUGAUUUCUAAAUGUAAUAGACAAGGUAGAGCUGGUUCUGCAUAAGAAGUAUUACUGGAAUGUUUUAUCAUGUUGCCUCUGAUAUAUUUCCAAGGCAGUUUUUAACACCUGGUUAGCUUGCUCAGGUCCAAAAUCCUAUGCCUGACACUGAUCAUGGCACACACUUAAGCAAAAAUGUUAUCACACUCCUUAAAAUAACGAUUUUGCUUCUGGCAGGUCCAUUCUCGUUAGUAGCAAAACCACCUCAGCUCUUAAUAAAUUAUCAAUCACACUUACAUAACACCCUUGGAUUGUGAUGCACACCUGAAUGGAAUAUGCAUCAUUAGCUUUCCUGGUCUUUCUAGUGUAGGAACCAAAGUGUUUCUCCAGCAUCUACUCAUAAGAUAAGAUGCUAUGCAACAACAACAAAAAAUAGAAAAUAAUUUUCUAGAUUUGAAACAGAAAUUUAAGCUUAUCUUAAUAAAUAUAUGCAUUAGUUGUUGCAGUUUCUUACUGCUGGAUCUCUUUUUUUUUUUUUUUUUCUUUUUCAUUUUAGAAGAUCUAGUAAGGUAAGAUCUAGUGUCCUUCCUCUGUUUAGCCAUAGCUUUAAUGUGUUAUUAAAAUGUUUAUGAUAAAAUUCCUACUGAAGGAAGUUUAAAGAGUCGGAUUGCGUCAGAACCCUGUAAGUUCAAUUGGUUGUGGCUGGGGCAAGUCAGUGUUUUAAAUCAUUUUAAUAAAAGUGGAAACACUAUAUUGCCAAAAGUUUGUGGACACCUGCCUAUCACACCCAUGUGCUUGUUGAUUUAGUCUCCCUUUGAUGUGUUAAUAUGCUCCACUGUUCUGAGAAGGAUUUUCACUAGAAUUUUCACUGUUGCAAAGUGUGUUCAUUCAGCCAUGAGAGCGUAAGUGUGGUAAGGCACUGAUAUAGGGUGAGGCCUGAGGAGGUGCAGUCAGUGUUCCAGUUCAUCAAAAAGGUGUUCAGUGGGGUUGUGUUCGGGUAUUUGUGAAGGACACUCAAGUUCUUCCACUCCAUUUUUAGCAAACCAUGUCUUCAUGGAGCUCGCUUUGUGCUUUGGAACAGGUUUGGGGCCUCUUAGUUUCAGUAAAGGGAAGCUGAAAGAGACACUACAGCAUCUAGUGAAAUUCACUACGAUUGUAUGCUUACAACAUAGUGGCAAAAGAUUGGGAAAGAACCAUUUAUGGGUAUGGUGGUGUGUCCUCAAACUUUUGGCCAUGUAGUAUAGGUUUUGAGAUACAUGAAGUGAUUUUUUUAUAUAUAAUAGCCAUCUUUAAUUAAUAGCAAUAUAUAUUUUUUCUUACUGAUAUCAGGUAUAGGCCAAAUUGCAUAAGAGUACAAUAUAACUAGCAUGCUAUAGAAUUGAAGGGGGGACAAUUUGCCACAGUUUAAAUGAGUUUUUAAAUUUUGAAAAAUCAAUAUAAUCUAGAAUCACUUUGAUAAGACAGUAGAGGCAGUAUCAAUAACUGCAUUAGACUAGAAGUAAGUUCUAAUACUUUAGAAAUUCUAAUAUGAAAUAAAUAAUAAUUGUUGCACUGUUAACAUUUCUAUGAAAUAUAGGCAACAAAGUCAAGCCAAUACUGUUGUAUUAAUUCCUUCUGCCUUUUUCACCCCAAUAUGAAUUUUGCUUUUGCCAUGGAACUAGAUUACACAUGCUUAUACUUUAUGCUUGUGAAUGUAAGCCUCCAUAUGACGUUAUGAAUGAUUAAAUUACCUGAGAGGUUCAUUUUCACCUCCUCCAGGUGCCCCCUUCCUCAUGAUUCUCAGGUGUCAGGAGUAUAUUUUAUUGUACCUCCUGUUAUGUUUAUUUUUUGUGAUUCGCAUGCAAAGGGUCCCUAUCCACACAAGGGGAAAAAGACUUUUACACUGAUCUUUUAAGCUGGAUGAGAAACAGACAGCUGUGUAUUUGUGUUCACGGAUACAAUCCUAGUGGCCAUAUUUCCUUUUAAAGGGACCUAAAUGCACUUUUUACCUGUAAAUCAUGUGAUAAAUAUUUUGAAAUUGCAUCCAUAUCAUUACCAUUGGUAGCAUGGUCACCAUAUCCAUUUAAAUCUUUUUCAAUAGUGUAAUAUUUUUAUACUAAAGCAAGAUUCUGAUGAUAUAUAAAAUAUUGUAAAAAAUAAGGAUUUAUUCAGAAUGCAAUUUAAAGUAUUAAAAUGGUUAACCAUUUAGCAGAAUGUACCGUCAUAAGAGGAAAUGUCUAUUUAAACAGGGUUUCUAAAUCCCAUUUUUCCCAUGACAGACUUUUGUCUCAGGUAGAACCUUAAAAAUGGCAUGCAAACUUGAUGGUUAUAAUUUUUAAAUAACUGAAAUCCUGACAUCCAUCAAGCCAGAAAAUCUAGUGUCUGUUUAUGGCACUUCCUUUGGACAGUGUAAUUGUGUCAGCAGGUAUAGUUUAGUCAUUUAUAUCCUUACACAACUUUUGUAUAUAUGUUUUUUGUUCAUGAUUUCUGAUUUAUAAUACACUGUUUCACUAAAGCUCAUUAAAGCAUAUGUACUUUCA